CCAGUAGUACAACGGUUGGCGCCUGUCACCAAGACAGUGAAGGUUGGCUGUCCAGGGUUCAGAUCUCAUCUCGGGCACGCUGUUCUUUCUCUGCAUGUGGUGUAAUUUUACAGGGUUGGCUGCCUUGCGAUAUAGUCUUUGUUGCUGAUUCGUCGUGAAACACGAAUUUCCCCCUCCCCCUUCUUUACAAUGCUUUCUUCUCGUAAACCUUGUAAGCAAGCAUCGCAACAGUAUUUCCUCUGUUUAAUCUGUUGUUAAUUGGAUUGUUUGUUACAGGCAAACCAAAUGAUACACACGCUUUUGUUUUAGAGAAAUCACUGGCAGCCAAGAGAUAAAGAACAGAUAAAGAAAAUAAAAUAAAGGACCAUAAUGGCGGAGGAUGACUGGGCGAGUAAAGUCGCUAGGCUGCUACUCUCAGAGUUUGAGGGACGAGCCAAGUUUGGUCAUUUAAAGAGGAGCUUGUACCAAAGAAACCUUUGGAAAGGGGGAGUCACUCGCCUUUUAAAAUGGCUUUCCAACACCGACAGGUUCUUGGUCUUCAAAAAGGAUGAGAACGUGAAAUAUGUGUCGAUCGCCUGUCAAAAUGUCAGUAUUUGCUGUGGGUUCCAAAACAAAGGAUGCAGAAAAGAGAGAUGUUCCAAAUUUCAUGUGUGCAAGUUCUUCGUCAGCGGCAACUGCCAGAACGGUUCUAGAUGUCGCUUUGGUCACGACCUUGGAAACGAGGCCAAUAAAAGGGUGUCCGACAGUCUGGGUCUGUCUUCUUUUUCAUCUGAAGAAAUCCGCACCAUCAUAUGUCGCAGCCAUCCUGCCGUGUGUGUGAAGUACAACAUUGGAGGAUGUGAUGACGUUGACUGUCCAGACCUUCACAUCUGCUCUCGAUUCAUACUGAAAAACUGUCCUCAGGAGACUGACUGCGAAUUGAUACAUUCUCUUCAAAUGUUUGAAAACAACCUCUGGGUCCUGUACACGUUCAAGUUGAAUGAUUUGACAGAUGUGGAGUUAAGGAAGCGAAUCCUUGUGAAAAAACAUACUCCAAGAGUCACAGAGGCGAACAAUGGGCCCCGAUCUCAGCUGACACCAGUUUCUUCACCGAAUCUGGACCAGGAGUCUACAUCUGGGGAAGAAAUAAAGGAGAACAUAGACGAUGUCUUCCGAUUUCUUUUCAAUAAUUUUGGCGGGCGAGCUAAAUUUGACAAGUUUUUGACUGGUAGAGGACAUCUUUUCCAGGGCUCUGAUAGAGAAGCUAUCAUAAAAUGGUUUAAGAACAGGAGAAACCGGUUUGCUCUGUACGGAAACGGCAACGACAUCAAAUAUGUUUCUGUUUACAACAAAGGAGCCAGGGUGUGCUUCAAGUACCACGACUCUAGUAGUUUAGACUGCGGGGAUGAGGCUUGUAAGUAUUUCCACAUUUGCAGACGUUUUGUGGUUGGCGCCUGUGUCAGCACCAGGUGCAGUCACAGUUUCUCAUCAGGACCAAACAUGAAGGUGCGCUCGGACUUAAGACUGGAUAAACUCAAUGAGGGUGAGAUUCUCAGUUUAAUUCUCUGCAGCAGUCCUGCCGUCUGUGUAAAUCAUAACAUGUCAGGCUGUUGUGUGAAUGAUUGCCCGGACCUCCAUGUUUGCUUCAAGUAUGUCUUCGGCCAAUGUACAAGUGGACAGGACUGUGAGUUUGGUCACUCUGUCAGAGAUUCAGGAGAACACAACUCCUACGUGUUGAAAGCGUUUCAAAUGGAGAAGUGGAAUGAAGACUUGCUGCGAAAACUCGUCAUCGUCAAGAAGGGAGAUCAUAGGAAGAUGCCCAAAUGUGCCAGGGCUUCACCUGAACCAAUGUCCCAGCGAGUUCAGCCCCGUGACAUACCCAGAAUGUCGACUGACAAUAUUUCAAAGCGUUUUGAUCUUCACAGUGUCCAAGAUGCUGACAUUAGCAAGUAUGAGUACAUUUGUGAAACAUACACCUGGACAGGUGAGUGCCCCAACGCUGGAAACUGUCCACGUUACCACAGUCCUGAUCGCUUGCCUUACCUGUGGAUGAUUCAGAGGAAGAAAGACGGGGAAUGGCGCGUUGUCCCCUCAAGUAAACUGCUAGAACAAAGCUUUUGUGACCUCUGUGAUUUUGAAACACUUCAGGUAAGGUUAAUAUGUAUAUACUUUCUAAGACUAAACGUGAAACUGAGCUAUCUGUUCAGACAGACAUUCAGAAAGAAAGACAGGGAUAUUUGA